CGGCGACGGCGACGGCGACGGCGACGGCGACUACCGGUGCCCAAGCUCCAGCGACACCGAGCAGCAGCAGCGCAAGCGGCGGAAGCACGGCCACCCGUGGCAGCCGCCCAACGGCGGCGAGUUCCGCCUAAUCCCCUGCUUGGAAUUCGCGCAGCAGCAGCAGCCGCCGCCGUUCGCAUUGACCAUCACCGCCGGCGCCCUGGCGCUGAUGGAUCUGCACGCGCACCUGACAUACUCCGAGGUCAUCGGGCUUCUGGGCGGCACACAGGCCGCGGGCGCAAUCCACGUCGACGUGGCCUUCGCCUGCGCCGGCGCCGGAUCGGCGACCGAGUGCGAAAUGGAUGCUGCCGCAGAGGUGGCUGCGCGCCAGGUGUUUGCGCGCGCCGGGCGGUGCGCCGUCGGCUGGUUCCACUCGCACCCGGCCUUCGAGCCCACGCCCUCGGUGCGCGACGUGGCCACGCAGCGCACCUACCAGGCGCUCUGCCGCUUGCCGGACGGCUCCGAGCCGUUCGUCGGCGCCAUCGUGUCGCCGCCCGGCGGCUGCGGCGCCUACGGCGUCAGCGACAUCACGGUCUUCUGCGUCCCGCGCGACUCCCCCCACCAACCCUUCAACCUGCCAUACCGCGUUGCCCAGGCAGACCGCCUGGACACUGCGCUAUUGGACGAGAUGGCCGCGCUGGUGCGAGGCCAGGCGGCCCGCUUGAUGGAGCGCCGCGCCGACCUGGCCAAGCGGUUUCGCCGCUCGGAGGCCACGACGGCGCUGGAAAAGCUGCUUAUAUCGAUGCGCUCGCACUGGCACCCGGAUGUGCGCCAGAUGUGGGACGACGAGGUGUCGCUGCGCCUGCGCCCGCUGCUGCUCGACCUGUUUUGCGCCAGCGCCAAGAAAAAACACGUCCCUGCCGCUGCUGACGGCCAAAGCCAGACGUACGCUUGAGCUUGAUCCGCUUCACAGGCGCCAUGUUAAUUGCGUGUGAUCCGAUCAAAGCACCGCUGAUUUCUUGAUUCCCGGCUCCACAGGAUGAAUUGGGCCAUGCAAGUGUAAUCCUGACUGUGUGACUCAUGAACUCUUGCCCCAACCUUAUUAUCGCUGGCCCCGCGGCCAUUGGCCCGAUACGGAUUACCACCAAUAGCAAUAGAAAAUUUUGGGAACAAAAAUAUUGAUUCACUAAAGAAAAUGAACGCGCUGAAUAGUAUCGGAUUUAAGGCACAGCUCCGCCUACACUGAACAACAACUUUUCUUUUCCCACUUCUUCUUUACUCAUUUUUUUUGGAAAAGACAUUUUUCUUUUUGCUGCAGCG